CAGACCCAGCCGCCGUCGCCGGCUGGCGCACUACCGGCUCCCGGGAACAGCCCCUCCGGCACCGGCCGCUUCCCGGCACUGGAGCGGCGCAACGCGGCCACAGACCCGGUGGCGGUCGAGGAGGCAAGAGGGGUGCCGGCGCGCCCCAGGGCCCCGGCGCAGCGCACGGUGAGCGCCCCCCGAGACUCGGGGAUCCCUUAGCCGCGGGUCCCGGGGUACCCCCCUCCGGGUACCCGAUGGGGCCGCCCGGUGAACGCAGGGCAGAAGUUGGGACCGCGCGCAGCCAGCCUGUGCCACCGAACUCGAUAUGCUGCCGCCUGGGCGAAACGGCACCGCCUACCGGGCGCGGUCCCGGCAGCAGCAGCUGGCGCAGGGGGGCGCCGUGGGGGCCUCGGAGGGGGCGACGCUGCUGGGGCCAGCGCAAGUGGUCACGGCCUGCCUCCCGACCCUGUUCAUCGUCUGGACCCUGCUGGGCAAUGUGCUGGUGUGCGCGUCCAUCGUGCGCAGUCGCCACCUGCGCGCCAGGAUGACCUACGUCUUCAUUGUGUCUCUGGCUGUGUCUGACCUCUUCGUGGCGCUGCUGGUCAUGCCCUGGAAGGCGGUCGCCGAGGUGGCCGGUUACUGGCCUUUUGGGGCCUUCUGCGACAUCUGGGUGGCCUUCGACAUCACGUGCUCCACCGCCUCCAUCCUGAACCUGUGCAUCAUCAGCGUGGACCGCUACUGGGCCAUCUCCAGGCCCUUCUGCUACAAGUGCAAGAUGACGCAGCGUGUGGCCUUGGUCAUGGUCGGCUUGGCGUGGACCUUGUCCAUCCUCAUCUCCUUCAUCCCAGUCCAGCUCCACUGGCACAGGGACAAGAUGGGCUCCUGGGGUGGGGUGGACCCACCAUCUAACCUGGUCAACGGGACGCCCUGGGAGGAAGCCGGGGAGCCAGACUUGAGGGCGGAAAACUGUGACUCCAGCCUGAACCGAGCUUACGCAGUCUCCUCCUCACUCAUCAGCUUCUACAUCCCGGUGGCCAUCAUGAUCGUGACCUACACGCGCAUCUACCGCAUCGCCCAGGUGCAAAUCCGCAGGAUUACCUCCCUGGAGACCGCGGAGCACGCGCAGAGCUGCCGGAGCCGUGAGGCCUGUGCGCCCGACACCGGCCUGCGGGCAUCUAUCAAGAAGGAGACCAAGGUCCUCAAGACCCUAUCGGUGAUCAUGGGGGUCUUCGUGUGCUGCUGGCUGCCCUUCUUCAUCCUUAACUGCAUGGUCCCUUUCUGCAGCGGACACCCCGAGGGCUUCCCCUGCGUCAGCGAGACCACCUUCGAAGUCUUCAUCUGGUUUGGCUGGGCCAACUCCUCCCUCAACCCCAUCAUCUACGCCUUCAACGCUGACUUCCGGAAGGUGUUUGCCCAGCUGCUGGGGUGCAGCCACCUCUGCUCCCGCACUCAGGUGGAGACAGUGAACAUCAGCAAUGAGCUCAUCUCCUGCAACCAGGACACCGCCUUCCACAAGGAGAUCGCAGCUGCCUACAUCCAUACGAUCCCCAACGCGGUGACCCCGGGUGACGCGGAGGUGGACAAGGAGGAAGAGGAGAGCCCUUUCAGUCGCACGUCCCAGAUCUCUCAGACGUCCCCAGGUGGUGACCCUGCUGCCCAGCCUGUCUGGGAGCUGGACUGUGAGGGGGAGAUUUCAUUAGGCAAAAUAACGCCUUUCACCCCAAAUGGAUUCCAUUUAACUGCCUAACAACUGCUCUUUGUGGAUCUAUAUAACCGCGUAGACAUUAGCCAGCAUGCAGAAUACACACUGGACACACACAGACAUCUCCACUGCUGCUCAGUUUAUCAUGCCUUCUGUGUCAGUGUAGUAGUCCAUGUGCUUAGAAACCUCACCAGACUGAUUUGUUGAGGAAAGAUUCGGCAGAAGCAGUUGGAAAAAACUCAGUCAAAUAUACCCUAGCCUAGCAGAGAUGGGUCAACGGUUCUGUUAGAGAAGAUAAGAUGGUGAUUGAUUCUAAAAAAAAAAAAAGUGAUAUUUUUCUUUAAAAAAUAUACUCUCCCCUCCCCUUUUAAAUGGAUAGAUUGUCCAGUGACUUAUUUGUGUUUGGGCUGAUUUUUAAGCAAUAAGGUUCAACGUGUGUAGCGCUGAUGGAAGUGUGUGUGGCUUUCCUGUAUCUUGCUUCCUGUGGCCUGUGUUUCUGCAGUUUCUCCUUGCUGUGUGUCUUUGCUACCGCUGAGGAAUUCUUCCUGAUUUGUUCUGGUGUCGAAUAGACACAAAUUAUGUAUUCUAUGGGGUGAUUAUCGUUGCUUUGCCAGAUUGGUUUUCAGGAUGGCUCCUAGAGAAGCCAUGAGAGCAUCCUUAAAAGCAGGAAAGAUUUUGGCUGGGUCUGGAAGCACCCAUUUAUUUUCUUUACAGUCAGUUUGGCCUUAAAGGUACACACAGGGGCAAGAGAACUUGAAGAGUUUCUGAUAUCUCCGAAUUUUAAAAAAUUAGAUACACACAUCUUGAGUCUGUGCUGAAAGCUGGCUUCAUGCCACAACAUCAAAUAUGGACUUCUCAAGCCUGGAAUUCCAUUUUUUUUUCUCAUUUGGAAUCUUCUUUUUCUAAUUACAUAACAUAAAACAAUUCUCCUGGUUCCUAGAGAGAUGCUAUCAGUUCAUUGAAAAGAUCAUAUAGAGUAAUCACCUGGUCCUUCUCAACCUCAUAUCUAUAAUGUUUUAAAGUUACAUGGCUUUUGAUCUACCGUGUUUUCUGAAGGGCUUUGAAAUGUGUGAGUUGAUAUGCUUUCAAAAAACAAAACCAGUUUUUAAAUAGGCAUUUUCAUCUGUAGACAAUAGGAAGUGAGGGAAUGCAUUUUAACUAAAAUGUAGGAACCAGAGAUGAUAUUUGAAUGAACUUGAAAUUGGAAAAUCGACGAAAAAGCCCAAUGAAUUCCAGUCUUUUUGUUUUUCUUCUGUGCAGUCUGCGCAGCAAAGGGGAGCAUUUAGUUCCAGAGCCACUCCAGACCAGAGCAUAUUAUUACCAUUAGAUCUAAACGUGAGCGUUGUUAAUGGAAGCAAAUGAAAUGUGAACAUGUAAUUUCGUACAGGUCCCUACUUUGAAGCAGGCUUCUCAAGGAUGGUUCAAUCACUUUUGGUCUCUUUAGGGAGAAUUUUAUUGUCAGUCUCCUGAACAACCAGGUCUUACUCACUGCAAAAUGUGCAGAGUGCCUGGUACGUAAUGCUUAAUAAACAGCUGCUGAAUGCAUAACUGACUUUCUGGUAUGGUGAGAUUGAAAGCGAAUCCUAUUUGAUACAUUAGUUUUCAUAUAUGAUUUAGUCAGAUUGAUAUGGGAAUCUGAAGUCUAGUGUUCCAUUUUUACCUCUUGUGAGCUGAUUGCUAAGUGGACCAUUAGGGAAACAUCAGGGGCAGUGAAAAGCGCCCUACUCUGAGAUUCAGGAGAUAGCUGUGUGACCUCGAAUGAGUCAACUCACCUCUCUGGGUCUCAGUUUCUGUCUGCCUCUGUAAAUUGAAAGACUUAUACGAGAGCACAGUUUUCCAAAUCGUGUUUCAUGAUGCAAAUGUUAGUGGAUAGGGUCUAGGGUGAAAUAAAUUCAGCAAACCGAGGUACAAUAUCUGUUUUCUACAGGGCUUUUUAGAACUUUUCCUGUGCAUCGUGACUCCCCAAGCAGGAGAGAAUUCUGCAUUGUUCUCCAAUGUCUUUGACCUUGUGAAUACCUGUUUGGUACAAUUCCUUAUUACUCUCUCUUUGGAGAUCACAGUUUCAGGGAACAUAGUUUCAGAAACUCUAAUUGAUUUGAAAAAUCUCUAAAAUGCAACUCUUCUAUUCUAAAAGACAGGUUGUUACAAGAAAAGUUUUUUGGUGGCAAACGUUCUCGGCCCCAGUUCAAAUAAUUUCUGUGUCAGGAAACAUGGGUUAUGUGAGGAUCUGGGGAAUGCCUUCUGCACAAUAGCACUCAUCAUUCAUUACAAUUAUUUAUACCUACUACGUGCUAGGCACUCUUCUAGGAAUAUAGUUGCCAAUUAAUUACUCUGAGGUCUGGGAACUUAUAUUUCAGUGGGAGAGAGACAGCAAACCAACACUAUGAUACUGUACUGUACUGCAGUGUAUUAUGCUGUCCAGACUCUGAAAUGUCAUGUCACGCAGUGAUACUGAUGUGACGCAAAAUAAAACAGAGUGAGUGGAGUGAUGUGGCUGCCAUUUGAUUUAGGGAAGUCAAGCAAGAGGCAUGAAGAAGAGAGACGCAGAUGGAGAAGGAAGGCUCAGGGCGACACCAGUGUCCAGGGGGAGGAGUGCUCUGGGCAGAGGGAGUGGCCAGUGCAGAGGCCUGGACACGGGACUGUGUGGGGGCACGCUGGGAGAGAGAAGGGUGGCCGGUGUGGGUGCAGGGCUGUGGAGGGUUAAUGCUAACAGCAAAGGCAGGCACUGUAGAGACUCAUUCUGUGCCCGGGCUGUGCAUGUACGGAUUCAUUUAAUCCUUGCAACCCUGCAAGGCAGGCACUUUUGUUACCCCCAUUUUACAGAUGGGGGAGUGAAGGCAUUGGGAAGCUAAGUAACUAGCCCUGGGUCACAUAGCUCGUGAGUGGCCAAGCUGGACUUGAACCGGAGAGUCUGCCCAUUGCGUCUUCCUUAUCUGCCCUGAGGUGGUGAGAGGGGCUGCUGAGGCAGGCAUGGCACUCAGCAAACGCACUGAUGCCUGUAUCAGAAUACUCCUCGUUCAUCUGUUCAUUAGCUGGUUAACUGAUGCAUUCCUAUAUGCUUGGGUAAGCUGAUGUUCAUUGUGUCCCUGCCCUGGUGCUCCUUUGUGUUUGGAGGGGAGGCAGCAUUAAAAAAAGGAGCCCAUAUUUUGGCCAGGUACUUUCCUAAUCCCUAUUUGAUCCUUACAUUAACCGCACGUACUACUAUUUUUCCAUUUUACGGAUGAGAACACUGAGGCACAGAGAGGUUAAGUUGGUUUUCCAAGGUUAGAUGACUAGUAAGUGGUGGAACCAGGGUUUUUACCUAGGCCUGUGGUUCUCAAUGGAGACAAUUUUCUCUCCCAGGGGACAUUUGGCCGUGUCUGGAGACAUUUUUUGGUUGCCACAAUUGAGUGUGAGGUGCUCCCGCUGAGGCAGGAGAUAGAUGGGCCCCAGGCUGAGCAGCUGGAGUCGGUCCCCUGUGGACAGAUACUCCAAGAUGAAGAUAAUAGCUGGAGCAAGAGGUGCUGAGCCCUGCCCAGAUAAGAGAUAAAGAGACCACAGAUGUCUCAUUCUCGAGGCCAAGGAGACCCUCAGGGCUACACAUGCACAGAAAGGCUCCUCGGGGGCCAAAAUGUGGGGGUGUCAUCCCAUAGUAGGUGAUGUCAACUUAACCAUAGGCCUCUUCGCUAGAAUCCAUCUUGGCUAAGAGAUGCGCGUGCACAUGGGGAGGACCCUGAGUUAUACCAAAUACGGACUCAGAGCCAGGCAAAGCAAGAUGACCAGGCAGAGGAAACCUGGAAGAAAUGCCCCACAGAAGUGAUUCAA